AGUCUUGGUAGGUUUUCUUGCACAUCCAUCUUUGCCCAAUAACCUGUGUUGUUUUCCAUUUAUUUUGCACAAGAAGUSAUCUUGGUGCAUAUAUAAAACCUGGAAAAGCUGCUCCAGCUCCAUAACCUCUAAAUAAGGUACKUUGUACCUCAAAAGAGGUCCCUGUAACGAACAUGGCAACAGGAGGGACACCAAACGGACGAGAUAAGAAACCGACUGUCAAAAUGUCCUCUUUUUCUGAACCUCGUCCUAAAAAGAGACCUGCUCCAAGAUUUGACCCAAGUUUUGACACGGAGCUCAGCUUGAAUASCGAAUUGAGAAGAAYCGAAGACAGUGCACAACUUAAUCACAGAUCUUUACCUAACAACUUGGGAUGGUCACUAGGGACUAGUAGCAAUAUGGCUGAAAGACUUACCCCUAAUGGUGGACAAAAGAAAGCAAAACCGUUUGAGCAUAUUAUACUUCAAGAAGGAGCUUCAAYUCCAGAUUCCCCUUCUUUACCAUCAGAGUUUAGAAGAAAGAAACAUCACACUCCUGCAACUAUUCCUAGAACUAGACUUCCACCAGGCACUCCUAAAGCUGAACGGGAUGCACUGGAACGGUUAAGACAGCAGCUGACCUUUGCRGAGGAAGAGAUUCCUACUAGAGGACCAAGUAAUAGCACAACACAGGAUGUAGCAAGCAGAAGCUCUGCUGCCAAUAAUGAAAGACCUUUGGUUAGAUCACCUGGUACUCARAAUAUAUCUGUACAAGAAAGUAAUGACACAGAUGCACCUCUAGCUAAUGGUGGGAAUUCUGAAGGUGGCAAUGAGAAGGUUGACACAACACAAAUUCUCGAGAGGUUGAGACAAGUCAGGGAGUUUCUCAAACAAGCAACUUCAAUGUUUGUAACAAUGAGCUUUGAAGGGAAUGAAGACCAAAGAGCAAAAGAAUAUGAACAAGCAGCAAAGCUUCAUCGUCUUAUUAAACAUCUCAAGAACCAAGAAAAAGCUUAUACUGAUCUUUUAGAAAGAACUCUGGCUGUAGAAGAUGACUUGACAACUGAGAACACCCCUUCAGUUAGCGUACAGUCAGUAUCUGAUGAUGAAAAGGGGGAAACUCCAUCAAUUCGUGAGGAAGAACUGCAAGGCUUAKGACAACAGCACGCURUAUUACAGAAGAUGCUAGAACAACAACGGCAGCUUAAAGAGCUCCAGUCAAGACAAGCAGCUCUAUUAACACUACAAAGAGAUGCAGAGCAAAGACUUGCAGAAGCAGAAGGAGAGGAUGAUGAAGGUGCAGUUGGGGGUACUGGUUAUGAUACUGCUAGCGGAAGAAGUAGAAGUGGCACAGAAGCCUCUCAGUUAUCAGAAGCUACAACUGAGUGCAGCGACUGGGGUCUUACCCCUGAACAGCUUGCUCUUCAAAACUUUAUAAGGAGAAACAAAGAAAAGCAAACAGCUCGUCAACGAAAUGAGAAAGACAAAGAUGAAGUCAAUGAGAGAAGACCCAAMAAAAACCAAAGGCCAUCUAAUGCUUCAGCUGAUUUGCAAUCUAUGUCAGAUGGUCAACCUGACAAUGAAGAAGCAGCCCUUGCAUUGGCUGAUGCUGCACAAGAAAGAUUAGAACUAGAAAAUAAACUGAUGGCCUUACAAGCCAAAAAGGAACAAAUGGACUCACUACUCAGAGAACUGCAGCAGCUACGAGAGACACAGUUAAGAAAAGAAUCAAUAGAAGCAAGAAAACCUCAUGUGUCCAGUGUCAAUGUGGCCAAGAAAGACAACAGUGAAGAAAAGCCUCUUGCAACGACAUCACAAAAACUAGAUGAUGACAGUAUAUUAGAAGCUUUAGAAGUACAUCAGAAACUUAAGAGACUUCAAGAUGUUAGGCAACAUUUGCAGCAACUGAGAGAUAUGAUUGGUCAAUAUCAGCAAACAGAAAAUGGUGAAGUGAGUUCAGCUAUGGCUGCAGAAGAGGACAGUGCUCCAGAAUCUGGUCGAGAUGAUGAAGAAGAAGGUGCUGUUGGAGGUGUUCUGCCUGCUACAAUUGAACAAGAUAACAGUAAUGUUGAUUGGAUAUUGAAUUAUGGCUUUGAAGAUCCAGAACUCAUCAAUAAGUUGAGACAACUUCAGGCUGCAAGAGAAAGGGUGAUGAAUCUGAAGCAAACAAAUCAAACAGUUCAGUUGCCAGUUGGUACMUCAAGAUUUCAUAAUGAGACUAACAUUCAGCAAGCAUCACAAAGCCAAACAGAAGAGUCUGACACAGAUGGUACCACUACUGAGACUGAGAGUAAUGCAAGCUCAAGUGUUAAUGCAAUGGCUUGGCAGGAUGACCCUGAAUUCCAGGAUAAGAUCAGGAAGCUGAAAUCAGCAAAAAAGAAGCUGAAACAGCUGCAAGAGCUUGUAAAAAGGGUGCAUCAGUUCCCUGAUUCUGCACCAGUGUUGCCCACUGAAUUAGCUGAAUUAAGUUUUGAUGAAGUUGAUGACGACGACGAGGAAGACUCAAGUGAAUCUGAUUAUGAUGAAGAUGAAGACAAUGAAGAAGUUGAUGGUAACCAGGAUAGUGAGGGUGCUAGUGUACAAGAAGACCAGUCCAGGGAUUUACCUGAUGACACAGUAAGUGAGCAAGAAGCUGAAUAUCAAAUUCGCCUUCAAAAGCAAAAGAAUGAACUAGCCAGYUUACUUGAGGAGCGUAGAAGACUAAUGGAAAUGCAGCAGGAACUGAGUAGAUUAACACAACAGCAACAACAAUCAAAUGUUGAACAACAAACUGUACCAAUCAUAAAGGUACUAGUAUGACUUUGGGCUACCUGUGUAUUUCUAU